UGGGGACCAUAGUAGUCUGUGGCUGCCUGUUAGUACAGCUGAGGGAUGCCUGUGGAAAAAAAGUGUAUUUAUUUACAGGAUACAGCAAUGGAAACUUGGUCGGUUGACCAGGUCUGCAGUUGGUUGGUGGAGAAAAACUUAGGAGAGCUAGUUCAUAGGUUUCAAGAGGAAGAAGUAAGUGGGGCCGCUCUUCUAGCACUUAAUGAUCGGAUGGUUCAGCAACUGGUAAAAAAAAUUGGACACCAGGCGGUUCUGAUGGAUUUAAUUAAAAAAUAUAAGCAGAGAAGUCAAGGACUGGAGUCCCCAGGAAGCCCGAGAGCACCAGCUCUGGUCAUACAAGCAGCAGCAGCCCCAGAGGAUAAACAGUCUUCCAGUCCAGCCAACCAAGGGGAGCAGAUGCCAACUUUCUAUCCAGCUGAAAACCUUGAUAAUAGACUAAUUGACCAAAGAGUACUGAAACAGAGAAGAAAUGUGAAACAUGUUCUAGCAAGGAAUAAAGCCUUGCAGUGGACAAAGUCCUAUGUUUUACCGGAGUUUCCCUAUGACGUCAGAUGCCUGUUAGCAGAGCAGAAGUGUCCCGACCACAGCAUGAGGAUAAGGAUCAUUGAGUUUCUCCAGGCCGACAUGACCAAGUAUCUGAAAGGCUCACUGUAUCCCAGCACCCAGCAGUAUAACGAUGUGGUCAACGCCCUGCUGCAGGCCCACCCUUUCCUGGACGAGGACGGCUGUGGCUUUUUUUUAUGGAAACGAGCCCUGAAAGAUCGCUUUAAAUAUGUGAGAAGACCCAUAGAAGAUGAUGAACAAGUGAUGAGAAAUAAGUGUAAAUUUGGACAUCGAAGAGGCCAGAGAAGGAAAUCUCUUGCAGAUAUCAGAUUUGAUGAAAUGAAAAUUGCCCAAAUAAAAGAAGAAGCUAUUUGUUUAGAUUCUGAAGUAGAUGAACAUAUUAGCUGGUUCCAGCAAGAAUAUGUGAAAACAGUCAAGAACUGGAGGGAAAUCGAUAAGAGGAUGAGCCAGACUUUGCAAAUAAGAAGGAAGUUGAUUGGCAGCAGAACGCCUCUGAAGGACAUCCUUAGAAUGUUUCCUUUCCUGAAGUGCCCUUAUCAGAUGUUCAAAGAAUUUCAACUUCUUACAAGAACAGAUAUUUAUAAGAAAACAAGGCACGUUUUGGAAUCCUAUUCAGACAAUAUACUGACUUCUUUUUCAGUGGUGGACAAUCCAAUCAACAUUGCGCUGCAAGAAAAAAUGAAACAGCACACAGAUGAGGACAUGUUGAAAUAUAUGAAGAUGACAGCCACAUGUUUACUCCUCCCAGAUGUGUUUGGGGAUGAUCCCAGCCUUUUUGUCAUCGUGAAUGAGAAGGUGCAAGUGUCCACUCCCGUUUUAGAAGUUAAAAACCCUUUCAACAUUGAUGUCUGUGAAUUUUCUCUGUAUUUAGAAAAAGAAAGACUCACAAAAGUGGACGACUGUGUUACGGCCCUGGCUGCUCUAGUAGCUGCCUUUCAUGUAUUUGGGAUCCAGUGUCCGAGUCGACUGUCCCAAACGCUCAACUUCCUGGAGACACAGAUUUUUGAUAUGCACAGUCCCUACGUUCCUUCUAUGAAAGAAAAGGAAAAGGAAGUAGGGUUUCAACACCCGGUCACUUAAUAGCAUGCUAAAUAUUGUACAGUGGGGCCUUGACUUACGAGUGUCCAGACUAACGAGU